AUGUCAAAUAAUAAAGAAGAAGAUCAAUAUUUACAACUAUGUCAAAGAAUUAUCGAAGAAGGAGAGUUCAGACCUGAUAGAACUGGAACAGGUACCUACAGUUUAUUUGCUCCACCUCAAUUAAGAUUUGAUCUAAGUAAUGGCAAAUUUCCUCUACUGACUACAAAAAAAGUAUUUACUAAAGGUAUUAUUUUAGAAUUAUUAUGGUUCAUAGCGGGUUGUACAGAUGGGAAUAAAUUGAGUGAACAAGGUGUCAAAAUAUGGGAUGGUAAUGGUUCCAGAGAAUAUCUAGAUAAAUUGGGGCUUACAGAUAGAAAAGUGGGUGAUUUGGGUCCGAUCUAUGGAUUUCAAUGGAGACAUUUUGGUGCCAAAUAUAAGACUUGUGAUGAUGAUUAUUCUGGACAAGGUGUUGAUCAAUUAAAAGAUGUUAUCUGGAAAUUAAAAAACAAUCCAUAUGACAGAAGGAUUAUCAUGAGUGCAUGGAAUCCACCUGAUUUCCCACAGAUGGCUUUACCACCAUGCCACGUCUUUUCACAAUUCUAUGUCAAUUUCCCUAAGGAACCCAACAAAAAACCAAGAUUAUCUUGUUUGUUAUAUCAAAGAUCUUGUGAUAUGGGCCUUGGUGUACCAUUUAAUAUUGCCUCUUACGCAUUAUUAACCAUCAUGAUUGCACACAUCACAGACAUGGAACCUGGUGAAUUUAUACAUACUAUGGGAGAUGCGCAUGUUUAUAGAGAUCACAUUGACGCAUUGAAAGAGCAAAUAAGGAGAGAACCAAGGCCAUUUCCAACUUUAAAGAUUAAUAGGAAAGUGGAUUCUAUCGAUGAUUUCAAAUUCGAAGAUUUUGAAAUAUGUGAUUACAACCCACAUCCUAGAAUUCAGAUGACAAUGAGCGUAUAA